ACAUGUCUGAAGCACCACCCCUUUCCAUUGACUGGCUACAUUUGGCUCUAUCUGGACCAAUACAAAUUCUCCACAUCCUAGCACGAGGAAAGGUAAGCGCCAGUUUAAAAGAAAGACCCUUUGUUUGAGUAGUCUUGUCAGAAUGCCAUACUGGAACGAAAGUUAAACAGUUUAGUUUUUUGUUAGACAUCAUUUUAUGUGAGUCGACUUCAUCAAGUCUACAUCUUAAUUUCUCGACCACUUGCAGUGGCAGACUGGGGAACUCUUCAAUCAGUUGCAGAAACAUAAUAGUAGGCAGUGAUACAAUGAAGCUACCACCACUAGAAUGAAAGGCAUCAAAAAUCCCCAUUUCUGUGUGAUGUUUUGUACGACUGGCUUUGCCACCGGAGGAUGAGAAGUAGUUAGAUCAGCCAUUUUUAAUUACAAGGUUUCCUCUUGUGUGUUCAAAUUUGGGCAUAUACGAAACCGAUCUGGCAGGCACAUUCGGAGGAAUUCCUUUGCUUUGGUCCUUCCUGUCCACACUGCGCGGACUGACGUUUCCUCUUGUGAAAACAUCAAGUUGCAGCUGAAUGGAAUCACAGACGUAUUCUAUGAAAACUAGAACUUCACAAAAGGAGUAGGAGCUAGACAUAGGACAAUGGAGGGAAACAUCCGACAAUCCAUUUUAAUCUGCCAAUAAUUCUGACUAUGAGAACGGAGUGUCAAUCGGCUAGCUGAGCUAAUGUGCACAAGAAAGCCUGAUUCUUUAGGAAGAAGACAUUCGGACAUUCAAAGCUGUCACUGGAACAGAUAGUAUUGCCACACACUCAUCUGGUCACCUUCUUGGGGUGCCAAACGGAAUCAUCAUUUCCGGACUUGUGACAGCGGGGAUAGUGGAGCGAGACGUGGGUAUCAGGGGCCAGGGGAGCGGAGCUGUGUCUGUGCCUAUACCCGCAGUAAUAGACGACAGCAUGGCCACGAAAAAAGGAGACGGGAAGUCAGCGCUGUUGCAGAAUGAAAGACUGCGCUUCAUCGUCUGUUUCUGUGGAGUUUUUGUGUGUUACUUCUACUACGGGAUACUCCAAGAGACAAUCACGCGAGGAGAGUAUGGGCACGGAGAGACAAAGGAGAAGUUUCGCUUUGCCACCACACUGGUCUUCAUCCAGUGCAUCAUCAAUGCAGCAUUUGCCUUUGCCUUGAUUCAGUUCUUUGACAGAUCCAGGCACGACCUUACAAAGAGCUGGCUCUAUGGGGCGUGCUCCCUGUCUUACCUGGGUGCCAUGGUGUCCAGCAACUCAGCGCUCCAGUAUGUCAAUUACCCCACGCAGGUGCUGGGGAAAUCCUGCAAGCCCAUCCCAGUGAUGAUCCUGGGGGUGACCAUCUUGAGGAAGAGGUAUCCCAUGGCCAAGUACCUGUGUGUGGUGCUCAUCGUGACCGGGGUGGCCCUCUUCCUCUACAAGCCCAACAAGGGAGCCGCCAGUGUGGACGACCACCUCUUUGGCUUUGGGGAGAUGCUCCUGCUGAUGUCUCUGACGCUGGAUGGGCUGACUGGCGUGGCGCAGGACCACAUGAAGGCUCGUUUCCAGACUGGACCCUACCACAUGAUGCUCAACGUCAACCUGUGGUCUAUCUUGGUGCUUGGCCUAGGGGUGCUGUGGACUGGUGAGAUCUGGGACUUUCUGGCUUUUACUGAUCGUUAUCCUGGCAUCAUCUGGAACAUCGGACUGUUCGGACUGACAAGUGCACUGGGCCAGACCUUCAUCUUCAUGACUGUGGUGUACUUUGGACCUCUGACCUGCUCCAUCGUCACUACCACCAGGAAGUUCUUCACCAUCCUGGGCUCCGUGCUGCUCUUUGGCAACGUCAUGUCCAGCAUGCAGUGGGUCGGCACCGUCCUGGUGUUCAUGGGUCUUGGACUGGAUGCAAAAUAUGGCAAGGGCCCCAAAAAGCACUAACACAGCACAGCUGGAGUCUAAGGAGAUUGUUCUGGUGUGUGUGUGUGUGUGUGUGUGUGUGUGUGUGUGUGUGUGUGUGUGUGUGUGUGUGUGUGUGUGUGUGUGUGUGUGUGUGUGUGUGUGUGUGUGUGUGUGUGUGUGUGUGUGUGUGUGUGUGUGUGUGUGUGUGUGUGCACGAGAGGUAGUGUGUAAACCUCUAUGUAUGUAUGUGUGUGUGUGUGUGAGAGGGGGAGAGUAGGAGAGAGAACAUGUGCAAUGGACUGAUAGACAGCCAAUCCAGUCUGUCUGCCUUCUGCUGAAUAACAUGUAGCCAUGCUCCAUGGAAACGGCAACUACGUAGAUUUCAUUGAACUGAAAGGAAUAAAGUCCUGCAGCUGUUUCCUGUCAAUCGGAAUCGGAACCCUCCUCACACCUACUGCACCAUUCUCCCUGCCCUCUCAGCAAGGGCACAUUUUCAUCUCACUCAAAACACGACCAGCCAGUCAAGGAGUCCAUCUCUUAUUGUGUGAUGCAGAGGCCAUCUCAAUAUCUGUCCUCGAACCGUUUCCUCUGGCCUACGGCUUCGUACCUCUGUCCCCCACAUCCUCCCCCUGUGAAGGAAACAGAGGAAAGAAUCGAAGGAGGAUGGAGGAAUCAGGCAGGACAUUACAUUAUACUACAUUAUACCUAGCUGGUGCUCGUAUCCACAGCAAAUUACAGUUAUUGACAGGGCAUUGUUUACAGUCCCUAAAGCAUUAUGGGGGCUCCAGCCCUGGAUUGCAGGUGUAAGGAGAGUUGAGGUGUGGAAUUCAAACCUGCAACCCUCUGAUCUAAAGCCCAUCUCCUUAACCACUAGAUCACAUGCAGGCCCGCUUCUACAGCAUCUUGCCUCCCUCCUCGUCUCCUCUUGCGCUCUUGUGAUUUCAGAUGUCCUCACGAGGCCAGAGGAAACAAUUGGAGGAAAAAUAGCUAUGCGUUCUCACUGACUGGCCUUGCAUGGUAAUGGACAAGCUGUUCACUUCUUGGUCAAUCUCAUAGUUUAUUCGAAUGCCUUGUGUAGGUCAACGCAAUGGCUAACAGUUUGAAAGCUAGAAAUUAUUCAUCCAACUGCUAACCAUGUAUUGUGUCAGGCAGCCUUAGGAUCUUAGCAAUGAAGCAAGAGAUUCAUCCACUCUUGCUUGAAUAUACCAAAUCUCAUACUGUAUCAGCAAAUAUUUGUUCUGUCCAUGUGUGUUUAUGGACCGUUUUUUAUAGCACUAUGAAAUCUGUUAUCAUUGAACAAAGAGAUCUUUAACUGUACACAGAGGUAUUUGCUGCCAUCAUAACUUUUUAAAUAUACAGGUAUAUUUCUCAAAUAUUUUAAAUGACCUUCCUUUACACAAGUCUCAUGUACAGAGUUACGCAUGAAAUAUACGGCCCUGUCUUUACUGUUGCAUUCUCUUCAUACUCUGCUACACAAGUUCUAAAGCACACAGACCACCAUGUCUCUAUUUCUCUGAAUGUGUGUGUUUGUGAGCGUGCUUGAUCUGCUGUUUAAUGCCUGACCAGCGAUAUGUAUAAUGUUUUUUCUUUAAUUUAUCUCAUGUGGAAUUGUAGUCUAGUCAGUUCAAACAGGAUGCGCUAUGAAUUGUUGUAAUUCACAACAUAGUUUACUCAUGGACAUGAUAGUGUUCAAUUAGUCAUUGCUUUUCAAGACCUCUGUCUGCGUCUUUGUUCUUACAAAAAUAUAAAACUGAACAGAUCCCUGACGUUUAUUUUUUUAUACUGUUUUUAAUAGAUCUGCCCUGUCCAUUUGAAAAAUGCAAACCCCCCACCCCACCCCCAACUGUAUUCUUUUCUUUAAUAAGUUCAGUAAGAGGGACUAUACUGGUUUUGAAAAGGGAAUCAAGAGAACAUGUGUUAUGGUUCCUCUAUGUAUGUAUGCCUGAGCAUUUCAGUUUCACAUCUUGCCAAAAACAUUGUAGAGAUCUAUAUGCCAGCAGCAUCCAGCCUCUGUCAGCCUCCUAACAUUAAACAGAGAUUGGACAAGCGUC